GGGGCGGCGCUCGGCUGCGCCCCGAUGCGGCGGCGGCCCGGGAGGCUGUGAGCCCCGCGCCCGUCGUCGGAGCCCCCCGCGCCGCCGCGGCAGCGCCCCCCGGGCACGCGGCAUGCGGGCGGCCGACUCGGGCACCUGGGAGCGCGUCCGCCAGCUGGCGGCGCAGGGCGAGCCGGCGCCUUCCUGCGGGGCGGGGGCCGGGCCGGCGCGCCCCCGGGGGCCUGCAGCCUGCGAGCCGGGCGCGGACGCCGGGGGGCCGGCCGAUCGGCCCCGCGCCGGGGCGCCCUCCGUUCGAGCGGAUGGCGACUGCAGCCAGCCGGUGCUCCUGCGGGAAGAAGUGGCUCGGCUUCAGGAGGAGGUCCACCUUCUCCGCCAGAUGAAGGAGAUGUUGACGAAGGACCUGGAGGAGUCCCAGGGCGGCAAGUCCUCCGAGGUCCUCUCGGCCACCGAGCUCCGGGUCCAGCUGGCCCAGAAGGAGCAGGAGCUAGCCAGAGCCAAAGAAGCCUUGCAGGCCAUGAAAGCCGACCGGAAGCGCCUGAAGGGCGAGAAGACGGACCUGGCGAGCCAGAUGCAGCAGCUGUACGCCACGCUGGAGAGCCGCGAGGAGCAGCUGCGGGACUUCAUCCGCAACUACGAGCAGCACCGCAAGGAGAGCGAAGAUGCCGUCAAAGCCCUGGCAAAGGAGAAGGACCUGCUGGAGCGUGAGAAGUGGGAGCUGCGGCGCCAAGCCAAGGAGGCCACGGACCAUGCCACGGCGCUGCGCUCCCAGCUGGACCUUAAGGACAACCGGAUGAAGGAGCUGGAGGCCGAGCUGGCCAUGGCCAAGCAGUCCUUAGCCACACUGACCAAGGACGUCCCCAAGCGGCAUUCGCUGGCCAUGCCGGGCGAGACAGUGCUCAACGGCAACCAGGAGUGGGUGGUGCAGGCGGACCUCCCGCUGACCGCGGCCAUCCGGCAGAGCCAGCAGACUCUGUACCACUCACACCCUCCCCACCCUGCAGACCGGCAAGCGGUCAGGGUGAGCCCCUGCCACUCCCGGCAGCCCUCUGUCAUCUCCGACGCGUCUGCCGCCGAAGGCGACCGGUCGUCCACGCCAAGCGACAUCAACUCCCCUCGGCACCGGACACACUCCCUCUGCAACGGCGACAGUCCCGGCCCAGUACAGAAGAACCUGCACAACCCCAUUGUACAGUCACUAGAGGAUCUUGAAGACCAAAAACGGAAAAAGAAGAAAGAAAAGAUGGGAUUCGGCUCCAUCUCGCGCGUCUUCGCCAGAGGGAAGCAGCGGAAGUCCCUCGACCCCGGCCUCUUUGAUGGUACCGCCCCUGAUUAUUACAUAGAGGAGGACGCGGACUGGUGAUACCCGCCUCCCUUCGCCUGCCGCGCGCAGGCGUGUCUUUGCGUGUGGACGUGCGUGC